AUGUUCGCCAGCAGUGCAUCCCUGGGAGUGGGACAAACCCAAGCGGCGCGCGUGUUGGAAUUAAUCACAAACCGGUACCAGCAGACGUCCGGCCUCGAAUCAACACCAACCGGACAGGUGACGUCGAAGGUGAUUACUACGCACACUCCCUUCCCCUUGACCGAACCAUGCAAGCCACCCCAAACUAGCCAAAACAAUGCGUUCGCCAUCAAUCCAUCAUAUAGAAGCACUCCUCACGUCCGCCCCGCGACUGCCCCCUCCGUGCGAAUUGCAGACUUUCCGCCCGUUUCGUCGUCCAACUUGCCAUUGUCUACUCGAGUUCAAAGCAGUACGGUGCCUAUUGCGUCGCCGAUUGCUGCCAGCAGUUAUCCAGUGGUGCCCAACGUGUUUCCACAAGCGUUUCUCCCUUUCGACUCUACCUCUGCACCUGCGCCAGUUCCUCAACCGUGGAUAAGUGUACCGACAUCUCAACAGCUCGCUGCUAGGCACAUCGUUCCCAUAUUUUCGGGCGAUCCUGUGUUCUUGAGUUGUUUCCAGAACACCACCCAGUUAUGUGGGUUUUCUCACGGAGAGAAUUUAAUGCGUCUGCAGCGGAGUCUCAAAGGAAACGCCCUGGAAGCCGUCCGAGGUUUACUGCUGGAGCCCUCAUCGGUUCCUAUGAUCGUUUCAACGCUCCAGACGCUGUACGGUCGUCCCGAUCUAAUAAUCAACUCGCUGCUGCAGAAAGUACGCGCUACUCCAGCCCCAAAACCGGACAAGCUGGAGUCUCUGAUAUCGUUCGGUCUAGCAUGCCAAAACCUUUGCGGUCAUCUGCGUGCAUCUGGACAAGAGGCCCACUUCUCCAAUCCGGCUUUGCUGCAGGAGUUAGUCAGCAAGUUGCCAGCGAACAUCAAGCUGGAUUGGGCGCUUUUCAAACAAAAGUGCCCUACAGUCUACCUUGGCACAUUUGGCAAUUACAUGGCGCAGCUGGUGAUUGCUGCAAGUGACGUCGCUUCCUACCAACCAUCUACAGAAGCUCUAGUCGGUUCCGACAAAGGAAAGGGAAAAGAGAAGCUGUAUGUGAACACCCAUGCAUCUGGCCAUCCGGUGGACAACGUUGGUAAACGGAAUCCUCCAAACAAUUCUGAAGGUAAACAGUACCAACCAAAACCGUGCCAAAUUUGUGGGAAACAGGGACACAAGGUGCGAGACUGCGACGACUUCAAGAAGUGCAACCUGGAGGAACGUUGGAAGCGCGUUCAGGAGCAUUACCUAUGCAGACGAUGCCUGACAGCACACGGAAAGUUCCCGUGCAAGGCAACUUCGUGCGGAAUGGAAGGAUGUGAAGAGCGGCACCACAAGCUUUUGCACCCAGGCCAGCCACAGUCAGUAGUCCCAGCAAAGCAGCCAACAGCGACGGAAACCGUCAACGUUCACACCGCUCUGAAAGUAUCCACGCUCUUUCGUAUAGUACCAGUGACGCUGUUCGGCAACGAUCGAUCUGUCCACACGUUUGCGUUUUUGGACGAAGGGUCUUCGUCUACGUUGGUCGAUGUCCGAAUUGCUCGUGAGUUGGGAUUGAAAGGUGAAGUUUACCCGCUUUACUUACAGUGGACCAGCGAUGUUGAACGCUGUGAGGACAGUUCGCAGCUGAUUCGUCUUGAGAUCUCUGGGCGUGGAGCUCAGAAACGACACGUUAUUGCAGCAGCUCAUACCGUGGAAAAACUAUGUCUUCCUCAGCAAAGUUUGCCGUUCGAUCAACUAACUCAACAGUUUCCGCACGUCCGUGGUCUACCCGUUCACGGAUAUCGCAAUGCCACUCCAACUAUCCUGAUCGGUUUGACUGACACUCACCUGAAGAUUCCCCUCAAAGUCCGCGAAGGUAGAGCCGGAGAACCAGCAGCGGCGAAAACCAGACUUGGUUGGACGGUGUACGGCCCUAUUCCGGGUGAAAGUUCCUCGACGCAGCAGUGUCAGUUUCAUCUGUACAAGGAAGCUCGAAACCCUGACGAUGUGUUGCACGACCUUGUAAAGAUCCUCGAAGAAACGACUUCACGGCUGCCAUCCGGACGAUUCCAGACAGGACUGCUCUGGAAGAACGAUCAUAUCGAUUUUCUAGACAGCAAGCCUAUGGCAGAGAGUCGGCUGAAAUCACUGGAGCGUCGUUUACGGCAGAAAACCGAACUUUUCGAGAACUUGAAGCAGCAGAUAGUCGAGUACGUGGAGAAAGGCUACGCGCAUAAGAUUACGCAAGAAGAGGUUCUCUGUUCGAAUCCCAGGAAAGUGUGGUAUCUUCCGUUGGGGGUAGUUGUACACCCCAAAAAGCCAGGAAAAGUUCGCAUAGUUUGGGAUGCAGCAGCGACAGUCCAAGGUCAGUCCCUCAACUCCGCCUUGCUUCCGGGACCCGAUCUGUUAUCCUCCCUUCCGUCAGUACUCUCCAAAUACCGCCAACGCCAGGUUGCAAUCUGUGGCGAUAUAAAAGAGAUGUUCCACCAGUUUCAGAUCAGACCCGAAGAUCGACAGGCACAACGGUUCCUGUUUCGAAGCGACCCCUGCAAAGACUUCGAGAUUUACGUCAUGGACGUUGCCACUUUUGGUGUAACUUGUUCGCCCUCCGCUGCACAGUUCAUCAAAAACCAAAAUGCGAAGGAGUUUGAGUCCGAAUUUCCCGAGGCUGCCGCAGCAAUCGUCCACAAUCACUACGUGGACGAUUAUUUGGAUAGUCGGGACACCGUCGAGGAAGCAGCAGACCUGGCGCUGUGGCGAAGUGAAAACAGUCCACGCUAA